AUGGAGAAGAUUAUUUCACGUAACCCGAAAUCUCACUAUUAUAAUGUCUAUUUCCCAAAUCGAUUUAAACGUAACUGUUAUCGAUUCAAAAACGCUCUUCACAAUCGCCUCUAUCCCAUUUCUCCAUUUUUGUUUUCAACAAUAUUCAUAGUGACUGCUUCACUUUUAUAUAGAAAUCCACCAAAACAAUAUUUGAUGAUUAUUUUGCCAGGAAUACUUCAUGAACAGACUGCAAUUAUUCUCAAUAUUUUAUCGAUCGCUUUUAUGAGUACGUAUUUACCAGUACUGCUGCUCAGAUUUACCAUAAAACAUUUAUAUUUUGGUUACAAAAGAUAUCUAUUCGAGGAAGAAGGAAACUAUUCCCUUUCGACAAAAUUGUGGUUUAUAUUUCAUCAUUUAUUCAAUAAAUUAUCACCACAACUGUAUUCGUGUGAAGGAUUACUGCCAACUUUACCGCUUCCAUCGCUUAAAGGUACGAUCGCCAGGUACCUUAACAGUGUGGAACCUUUGCUGAGCUCUGAAGAAUUUACGAAUGUAAAGAACAUGGCUGAAAAUUUUUUAAAAAACGAAGGAUGGAAACUUCAAGGAUUAGCAUGGCUCUAUUGGUGCUUUGUUGACAAUUAUGUCACUAGCUUCUGGGAGAAAUUUGCUUACCACUAUUCAAGAAAAGGCAUUUUGAUAAAUAGCAGUGUUGCGCAUCUUGAUGUUUUCGUCAAUGUACCUGCGAAUCAGGCUGUUCGAGCAGCCCAUGUGGUGCUGCUGGAAACAUUAAGCAUGCUAUCGAUUGAUCAGGAAUCUCUACAACCUAAUGUUUAUGUCCUGCCAUCACAUUUUCUUCUGACUUUGUUAUCAAUCUGUUUUGAUGAGAAAUGCAGAGAAAUUAAGAAAUUACAGAUAGCUGGCGGAGUCAUUAGUUUAUCACAUCUUUGGAAGUGCUAUGCAACAACACGAGUACCGGGAGAGAUUAUGGAUCAUUUGGAAGUGUACUGUGGAACUUCACGUCAUAUCGUUGUUUAUUACCGAGGUUGCAUUUAUAAAAUGAAUGUUUUUGAUGAAAAUGGUCGUAUUUUUGAUUUGAAAGAACUUACUGAAAUAUUUUCGGAAUUGCUGACUCGCAAGGAAAGCAUUGGAGAAGUAGAAGGACGAAUCGCGGCGUUGACGACUGACUAUCGAAAUCAAUGGUGUUUGAAUCGUCGUCGGUUUUUUCUAGAAAAUGCCACAAAUCGCGCUUCUUUGGCACUGAUAGAAUCCGCUAUUUUCUAUUUAAUCCUUGAUGAAUCUAAUUAUAACAGUGAUCCGGUAGGAAUUUUACUCAAAAUGGUGGUGGAACAACAGAGCACUCAGUUGCCGAUGGAGCAGAAUUUGCUUACAUUUUUGAAAAUUAUCUUUCCUCAGAUUUCAACGCCUUUCGUUAAGUAUCCGAAAGAAGUAGAGGAGAUAGUACGUCCCAACAAUCUUUCUUCAAUGGAAAAAUAUGCUGUUCGAUUGAAUUUUGAUAUUAACGAGCAGAUGAAGGCAGAAAUUAACCGUUGUUAUGCUAGUUACCAGGAACAAAUUAAUGAUGUCGACGUUGCCUGUCUUGUUUUCCGUGAUUUUGGUAAAGGCUUUAUCAAAAAAGUUGGCAUUUCACCUGAUGCAUUUAUUCAAAUGGCUAUACAAUUAGCAAGCUUCAAAGAUCAAAACAAAUUUUGUCUGACCUAUGAAUCAAUAUCAGCAAGAUUUUACGCAAACUCAAGAACAGAAACAUUACGUCCUGUAACAAAAGAAUCGUGUGCAUUUGUUAAGUCAAUGAUCAGCACAGAGAGCAACAGCGAAGAGCGUCUUAAAUUAUUGAAGACAGCAGCUAAAGUCCACGUAUUUCACAGUAAGGAAUGCUUAACUGGAAGUGGUGUUGACCGACACUUAUUUGUUCUUUAUAUUUUAAGUAAGAUGACUGGCAUAAACAGUUCAUUGUUGGACUACUAUAUAACUCAACCUUGGGAACUCAGUACCAGUCAGACACCGAACGUGACACGCCAAAUAAAUGAAGAUGAGUAUCCCAACCUCUCUUGGUUUGGCGGUGGGUUCCAGGCUACCUGUAAAAGUGGAUAUGGCAUCAGUUAUCGUUUCGCUGGCAAUCAUUCAAUAUGUAUAAACAUCGCUUCUUAUAAAUCUGCCAAAAAUACGGUUCGUUCAUCUCUUUAA